AUGCUCAUCCUUCUUGGACUUCCUCCCGAAGGUGUUAAGGUCUUCGCUGUUUUAUUUCAUUCGCAUCUCUUAGGUAAAAAAUUAAAACUCAGACAUUUUCGUGGCAAUGAACUUCCUCCGAUUAGUAAAGACGAUAAUUACGAUAAUAGUUAUCAGGACUACAGACUGCUGGAAAAUGAAGUCACUAUUCUACCUGACGAUCACUUGAUCUUAGAAUGCACCUAUAACUCUAUUGGGAGAACUAAACCUACAUUUGGUGGAUUUACUGUAGAUGACGAAAUAUGUCUGUCGUUUAUUAUGUACUAUCCGAGUUCCUCUUUGGUUUCUUCUUUCAGUUGCCCUUCUCCAUUUAAUGUUCUUAUAUCACUUGGUGUUAUAGAAAUGUCACAAGACGAUCGAUUUGUAAUUUCGCCAAUUACAGGAAAGAACGAGACCUACUUUGAAUUUUUAAACACUUAUCCUUGGGAUGAAUAUUCAGUAAAUGCAGUUCAAAGAUCCAUGAAGAAUAGUCCGCAUCUCCACAUAUGUAUGAAUAAACAAGGAAAACCAAUUCAUACAUUUACUCUGGCAAGAUACCCCUUCGGAGUAAAGUCAUAUGAAGAACCUGAUAUUUGUAAACACGAACUGAACUUCGAUUGA